GAAGAAGGUUCAUGUGGAAAACUGUAUGUUGCUGUGUUUGUGACUUAAGAAUUGUUCAUUAGAAGAUAAACUGGAAAGUAAUCACAUUAAGAAUACAAGGAAACAAAAAAUCUAUAAUACUGGACAACAAUGCAUGAUGCAGCUCCUAAUUGCAACAGGUAUUAGUCAUGAACCCAGGCAGUCUGCCUCGUGCGUGUGGAUGGCGCAUUGCACGCAGCUUGAUUAGUGCAAUCCGCUUUCUUGUGAUUACAGACCAGCUGCACAGGGUGAGAUUGGUGAGCAUCCUGGUGUGCUUUCGAGAGCAGUAUGGUAGCUUCCUGUUCUCGCAUGUCAUACAGAACCAGCUUUAUAAAAGUCUUAUCUCAGGCUUGCGGAGUCGAUGCAAUCCACCCGUGUACUUUACGACGUUGUUGGCUCUGUGUCCUAAAGUGACUAUAGACCAGAUUGCUUUUGUAGGAGAUCAUAAUGGAUUGAUGCCACCUGGAACUGGUACUGGAUUAGACAUCACUUCUGAGGAGUGCAAGUAUAUUCUGGAGGUGCUUGCUGAUCUUCGAAAGGAGUGGACUAACACGGAGUACCUGAAGAUCGGAGGAAAAGACAAGGCGAUGUAUACGCUGCCCACCAAGUCAUUAGUACUUGAGGGAGUGUAUUUUCAUGAUCCCGAUUUCCUCCCGCUGUUGGUCAGAGAAAUGCAAGAUCUCCGUCAUAUUGAAAUUCAGUAUAAUGGAACGCCAUGUAUGCUGAGGGCCCUGAGCACACAUUGCCGUCAUUUGGAAUCUCUCUGCUUCCUUGAACCACAAAUGGAAGUUUCUGUAUUGGAGAAGGACAUUCUUAAUAUCCUCUUUGGUGUUCCAUCAAUUUAUGGUAACAGGACUCCAUUUGGGAUACUUGACAGAUUUGCCGAAGAAAAAGAAUUUAGAGAAAAAUUUGUAGUACAGUUUCCAAACUUAAGAAAAUUGGAUAUUGACGAGUUGUAUUUUGAGGAGGAACUGUUACAUGAUGUAUAUACUCUUGCCUUGAUUCUCCAGCCCAAAAUCUCAUCCUUUGGAAAGCAUACUGGAUUGACAAGACAUAUUAUUGCAAAAUACAGGCGACUCUGGACUAUAGUGAAUGAAAGUUCGUUUUCUAAUGUUAGUGUGUAUUUAACUAAAGCUAAAUUUGUUGAUAGCAUAUCUGAUGUACCAGGUGAUACUGAGCUUGACCUGAAGUACAUUGAAGAGGUGUUACCGAUGUUCAAGACUUUAAAGUCUGUAGAAUUGCUGAAGAGCAAUUGGAAUGAGAAUCAUGUAGCCAAAUUUUGUCAGUUAUUAGGAAAUCAUGUAGAUGCCAUUUCAUUAAUUGACUGGCCAGUAAAUGAAGUAUCUUGCCUGAGUAACAUCAGUCACUUGCGGUUAACAUUUAUGCGGCAAUAUUCGUUUGAUCAGGUGCACCAGGUCUUGGAUAAUUGUCCAAACCUGCAGACACUGAGCAUGCAUGCUAUGUUUCAAGAACAUUCUCGAGUCAAUCAUGACAGAGGAGAUGAACUGCAGCAGUUUGGCCAAAUGAUGGAUGAGGAUCAACGUUUCUUUGAGAACCUUAUUGUUGAAGAAUUAAUACAAUAUCCAGAGCUUCAGAUUAUUGUUAUAGGAGCUAAUCAACAUCCACCCAGAGAUAUGCUGGGUAAUCCUGUUAAUGUUCAAGGAGGUAUACAGGGAGCCAGACCUCCCUCCAGGUAUGACAGGAUAUCCAAACCCAAGUUCAAGAUUCACCACAAACUAACAACCUUACGUAUUGCAUCUCUGUUUGAAGCACCCAGAGAACCCUCAGAAGCCUUCCUCCUGAGUCUUCUGGAGAGGGUUCCAAACCUUCGGAAUUUAUGUAUGGGGAUGUGGAUGGGCUCCCUGAGUCACAGGAGAGAAAACUUAACGUGUACUGGCAAUGCUUUAGUCAGCGUUGCCACAGACCAGACGCGGAUUGACCCUGUUUUGACUCAGUUGGAACAGUUGUGCUGCCUCCCAUCUGGCACAGAACAAGAAAUGUGCCUCUCACUGGCACGUCUUGCAAAGGCUCUACCUUCGCUGCGUACAAUAGUUGUUCCAGCACUGGAUAAAUUCCUGCUGUCUCCAACACUGCGCUACUUCCAGCACUCUAACAUAGAAGUUCAGCACAAGUGUGCUACUGAUCAGGUUUUUUCUCACUGGGAACCUGAGCACUAACUGCAAUGUACAUCUGCAAUUAAGCCUGUUUGCAUUCUGUAAUGUUAUCUUGCUAACAAGUUAUCUGGUAAUUGGCACAAACAAUCCCACAUUGAGGAAAAACAGAAUAAAAUAUGUACAAGGGACACAUAUAAAGACAGGGGCACCUGAUCUAAAUCACGUAAGGUAAGUGAGAUGCAAUAACAAGUGACUUCGUGACAUGGUUAAGUAUAGCAUUAGGUUUCCUCUGGCUUUAUGAAAUGUUGAAAUUGGGUCAUGAAACAAUCAGAGCAUGUUGGUAUCAACACUUUUAGACAAGUGUAAGGUAUGGGUGUUGAAUAGUACAGUGAGGAGGUGGUUAGAGGUAGUGGAGAUUAUUUUCCAGUAAAAGUAGUCCUUAUACAGGGAUGUGUGAUAUCACCAUGGUUGUUUAACAUGUAGAUGGGGUUGUAAAAGAAGUGACUACUAAGGUGUUUGGGAGAGGUGUGGGAUUAAAAGAUGAAGACUUGUACAAUGUGGGAGUUGUCACAGUUGCUUUAUGUCAAUGAAAUGGUGCUUUUAGGAUUCUGUAGAGAAGUUACAAAAGUUGGUGGAGGGUAUGUAAAAGAAGGAAAUUAAAAGUGAACAUACGAAAGAGCAAGGUGGCGAGAGUAACAAAAAAUUAGGUAAUGAAUUUUGGCUGUCAGACUGGAAUGAGAUUGCUGAGGAAGUGAAUGUGUUCAGAUAUUUGGGAGUGGACUUGUUGGCUGAUGAGUCUGUAAGAAUAAGUGAACCAUAGAACUGAUAAAGAGGAAAAAGCUGGGUGGUGCAUUGAGGCAUCUAUGGAGAUAAAGAACGUUAUCCAUGGAGGCAAAAAGAGGAAUCUAUGAGAGUAUAGUGGUACCAACACUCGUGUGGGUGUGAAGUAUGAAUAUUGCAGCGAAGAGGUUGGAGGAAGUGGAGAAGUUGUCUGAGGUAAAUGUGUGGUGUAAAUAUUAUGCAGAAAAUUCGUGGUUUGAAGAUUAGGAGGGGAUGCAGAGUUACUAAAAGUAUUAUUCAGAGGGCUGAGGAGGGGUUGUUGAGGUUUAGACAUUUAGAGAGGAUGGGGCAAUAUAGGAUGACUUGAAGGCUAUAUAAAUCUGUAGUGGAGGAAAGGUGGGGUAGGGGUCGCCCAAGUAAAGGUAGUAAAGGAGGUUGUAUAUGCAAGGGGCUUGGACAUCCAGCAGGCGUGUGUAAGCAUGUUAGAUAGGAGUGGAGGCAAAUGGUUUUUGGGACUUGACAAGUUGUUGGAGUGUGAGCAAGGUAACAUUUUGUGAAGGGAUUUAGGGAAACUGGUUAGCUGGACAUGAGUUCUAGAAGUGAGAAGAACAGUGCCUUCACUAUAACUGAGGGAUGUGGAUAUUUGGAGGGACAUCUGAGCUGUCAUAUCUCUGUGCCUCUGUCAAAGAGACUUAUGGUACACAAGGUAACCCUGUCAUGGAAACAUUUUGCCUGUCAAGGGCUUUAUGAAUCCAAUAGACAUGAAAACGGAAAUAUGUGGUAGCAUGGAAUUCAGCUGUUGUAUAGGUUAAUGGCACAAAAUGAUGUCUUCACCUGAUGAUUGUGUCUUGAUGUCCUAAAAUCAAUUUAGCUAAAACCCUGGAGAUGCAGAAGCUCCCUGUGUUCUGCACAAUUGUAUUGUUAAAACAGAUGGUCACUGAUUCUAAAAAACUUUAGAUCCUCUUCCUUAAGUUUGGCAUUAUUAAACCUCAUCAAGUGGUCAUGGCUGUUCCUAUGAAUAGCACAGACAUAAAUAUUGUCAGUAUGGUAAGGUAUUGAUGCAGGUGUGUUUUGUCUGUGUAUUUUCUCUCAUCCUCUACAUAGUAUGACAAAUUCCAGCUCUAGUUUGAACUAGUGGGUUUUUGCUUGUCAAGUCUUUAAUGAUAGUGCUGGUAGUAGCAGCUACUCUAAUAUUGCAUUUAGUGAAGGAGCUGGAAAUAUUAACCAUUGGGAAUGAUAAGAGCUUGACCAAGAUUUGUUAAACAUGGGGUGUGGAUGAUCCUCAGAACAGAGCAGCUAGUCAUUGAUGAAAUGAAAGGGAAAGUGUAGUUUAGGAAAAAUCUGUUGAAUGUCGCAUUCCAUUUCUAGGUAUUUAGGACUACAUACCCUGUAAGCCAUCAGAAAGAAUUGAAGUUCUUACUGUGGGACUACAGGGUAUGUAGCUCUGAGUACUUUUGAAGGAUGUAACUACAUUCACCAGAUCUGUAAACUGCACCUCCUCCUCUUAUUUUCAUCAGUGCCUCGAGACUUGGUCUGUGUAUCAUACAUUCCAGGCUUGACAGAUCUUGGGGAAGAUUUAUCAUUUCCAACAGUAAGGUGGCUAGUUGCUGUUUCCUUCUUUAAGUGCAGUCUUAAGAGUAGCACUACUCCCAGCCACUACCGUUAGAGAUUUAACGAGCAGGAAACUCGAAAGUCUAGUUGAAACCAAAGCUGGAUUUUAUACCAUGUGGAGGAUGCGAGUACGUAUACCAGAGACUUGCAUGCUUGUGUCAAUGAGCAUUAAUGCAUCUGCCCUACUGACAGUGUUAAUGAUGCCUGUAUCAUUCAUGCCCACUUGAUCACGUGAAAUGAUGCCAAACUUAUCAUUGAGGAAGAUUUAAAUGGUGUUUUUUAGAAUCUAGUCAUCUGUCUUAAUACAGUUAUGCAGAACACAGGGAACUUCAGCAUCUCCAGUGUUUGAUUUUAAGCCAUCAGCACAAUCAUCAGGUGAUGUCAUUUUGUGUCACCUGCCUAUGCUACAGCUGACCUUUACACUAACCUGCUUUUAUGUAUGUAUUGGAUUGAUAAAGGCCCUUGGUGAGCAAACUGUUUCUAUGACAGUUACUUCAGUGUUAGGCGAGUCACUUUGCCCUAUAUUGUUUAUGAGAUGGCAAAUAAAAGCAGUUUAUUACA